AUGACAAGUGAUAACAAGAACAAACUUUUACCCAACUCUGGUAUUGAGGAUCCUGAGGUUGAUCCUAGCCACGAUCCUGCCACUGCCAUCUUGCGUCGCAAGGCUGCACCCAACAAAUUGAUGGUCGACGAUGCUACAAACGACGAUAACUCUGUCAUUACUCUCUCAACAGCUACUAUGGAAAGACUUCAACUUUUCAGAGGUGAUACUGUCAUUGUCAAGGGAAAGAAGCGAAGAGAUACCGUGCUUAUUGUGUUGGCUGACGAUGAUAUGGAAGAUAACAAGGCCAAGAUUAAUAAGGUUGUCCGUAAUAACUUGCGUGUUCGCCUUGGUGAUGUGCUUACCCUUCAUCCUUGUCCUGAUAUCAAAUACGGUAAACGUAUCCACGUCCUGCCUAUUGAUGACACUGUGGAAGGUUUGACUGGUAACCUCUUUGAAACUUUCCUCAAGCCCUACUUCUUGGAAGCCUAUAGACCCGUCCGCAAGGGCGAUACCUUCCUCGUGCGUGGUGGUAUGAGAGCUGUUGAGUUCAAGGUGGUUGAAACUGAUCCCGAGCCCUAUUGUAUUGUCGCACAAGAUACAGUCAUUCAUUGUGAAGGUGACCCAAUUAAGCGUGAAGAUGAAGAGCAAAGUUUGAACGAAGUCGGUUAUGAUGAUAUCGGUGGUUGUCGCAAGCAAAUGGCUCAAAUUCGUGAAUUGGUUGAGUUGCCUCUUCGCCACCCUCAAUUGUUCAAAUCUAUCGGUAUCAAACCUCCUCGUGGUAUUCUCAUGUUUGGUCCUCCUGGUACUGGUAAGACCUUGAUUGCUAGAGCUGUUGCCAACGAAACCGGUGCUUUCUUCUUCUUGAUCAACGGCCCUGAAAUCAUGUCCAAGAUGGCUGGUGAGUCUGAAAGUAAUCUCCGUAAGGCUUUCGAGGAAGCUGAGAAGAAUGCUCCUGCCAUUAUCUUUAUUGAUGAAAUUGAUGCUAUUGCUCCCAAGCGUGAAAAGACUAACGGUGAAGUUGAACGUCGUGUUGUGUCUCAAUUGCUUACUUUGAUGGACGGUAUGAAGGCUCGUUCCAAUGUGGUUGUCAUUGCUGCUACCAACAGACCCAACUCCAUUGAUCCCGCUCUUCGUCGUUUCGGUCGUUUCGAUCGUGAAGUCGAUAUCGGUAUUCCUGACCCAACUGGCCGUCUUGAGGUGCUCCGUAUUCACACCAAGAACAUGAAGUUGGACGAUGAUGUUGAUCUGGAGCAAAUUGCCUCUGAAACUCACGGUUAUGUCGGUGCUGAUGUCGCCUCCCUCUGUUCAGAAGCUGCUAUGCAACAAAUUCGUGAAAAAAUGGAUCUUAUCGAUUUAGAGGAAGAGACUAUUGAUACUGAAGUGUUGGAUUCCUUGGCUGUCACCAUGGAGAACUUCCGUUAUGCUUUGGGUGUCUCCAACCCCUCUGCUCUUCGUGAAACUGUGGUUGAAGUGCCCACUACCAAGUGGAACGAUAUCGGUGGUCUCGAGCAAGUCAAGCAAGAAUUGCAAGAAACUGUUCAAUACCCUGUCGAGCAUCCCGAAAAAUUCUUGAAGUUUGGUAUGAGUCCUUCCAAGGGUGUCUUGUUCUAUGGUCCUCCUGGUACUGGUAAAACUCUGUUGGCUAAGGCUAUUGCAAACGAAUGCCAAGCCAAUUUCAUCUCUAUCAAGGGCCCUGAGCUUCUGACUAUGUGGUUUGGUGAGUCUGAAGCUAAUGUCCGUGAUGUCUUUGACAAAGCCCGUGCUGCUGCUCCUUGUGUCAUGUUCUUUGAUGAAUUGGAUUCUAUUGCCAAGGCCCGUGGUGGAGGAGGUGGAGAUGCCGGUGGAGCUGGUGAUCGUGUUCUCAACCAAAUCUUGACUGAAAUGGACGGUAUGAACGCAAAGAAGAACGUCUUUGUUAUUGGUGCUACCAACAGACCUGAUCAAAUUGAUCCUGCCUUGUUGCGUCCUGGUCGUCUUGAUCAACUCAUCUAUAUCCCUCUUCCCGAUGAAACAUCUCGUGUUGCCAUUUUGGAAGCACAAUUGCGCAAGUCCCCUGUCGCUGCUGAUGUUGACUUGAAGCUUCUCGCCAAAGCCACUCAAGGCUUCUCUGGUGCUGAUCUUGGAGAAAUCUGUCAACGUGCUGCUAAGCUUGCCAUUCGUGAAGAUAUUGAAAAGGAUAUUGCCAAGGAAAAGGCACGCAAAGCUAGAGAAGAAGCUGGUGAAGAUGUUGGUAUGGAAGAAGAUGAAGAGAGCGAGCCUUUGGCUGAAAUUACUCGUGCUCACUUUGAAGAAGCCAUGCGUUUCGCUCGUCGUUCCGUCAGUGAUGGCGAUAUUCGUCGUUAUGAAGUCUUUGCACAAAACCUCCAACAACAACGUGGUUUCGGUUCCUUUAAAUUCCCUGAGGGAUCUGCCGCCUCAGGAGCUCAAGCCAUGGACGGUGUUAGUGGCGAAAGUGGUUUCGGUCAAGAAGGUGGUGAUGAUGACUUGUAUGCAUAA